AUGCCGUUCCUCUCGACGCCGUCGUUCGACCUCUCCGCCGGCGCGGAGCCAACCCUAGGCCCGCGCCCAGCGGUCCCCCCGCCUCCACCCACCGCGGCCGCGCAUCAGCAUCAGCAGCCGCCGGUGUCCGAGGCGGCGGCCCGGCGGCUGCGGGAGGCGGAGGAGCGGCUGCGGGAAGCCAUCGAGGAGCUCCACCGGCACCAGGGCGGCGGCGGUAAGGGUGAGGGGGACGAGCAGCUGGAGGGAGAGCGCGGGUGCGGCCACGACGGGGAGUCGUGCGCGGCGCACGCCGCGGGGAACCUGUGCCAGAGCUUCCUGCUCUCGUACGGCGUCCGCGUCGGCAUCGGCAUCCUCCUCCGCGCCUUCAAGCUCGUGCGCCGCAGGUCCUAUGGCUCGCUCCUCGACCUUAAGCAACUGGUUUCGGAGAAAGAUCUUAUAGUGAGAGAGGAAGCUUGUCGGGUAGGGUUGCUUUUUGGUGGAUUCACUGGAUCAUAUCAUGCACUUCGAUGUUUCCUUAGAAGAUUUAGGAAAAAGGAGACACCGUACAAUGCAAUAUUAGCAGGUUCGGUGGCAGGAUUGGCCAUACUAGCACUGGAUGAUUCAAGUAGGAGGCGUACUCUAUCUCUAUAUCUUCUAGCAAGGCUCGCUCAGUGUGCAUAUAAUUCUGCAAAAUCUAAGAACAAAUUUCAUUUUUGGGGAAGCCAUUGGAGACAUGGAGAUGCAUUGCUUUUUUCAUUGGCAUGUGCCCAGGUUAUGUAUGCUUUUGUUAUGAGGCCUGAAAGCUUACCUAAGUCGUACCAAGAAUUUAUCCUUAAGACAGGACCAGUAGCAGAACCAGUCUACAAGGUUGUCAGAGAAUGCUGCAGAGGUGGUCCUGUGGAUCUAACUGCCCUGUCAGCCUAUUUAUCAAACAAGCCGAAUCUGGAUUUGAUAAAUUUAACAACAAAUCCAUCCAUUAUCCCCUGUUCUGUAAUCCAUCCUGACAGAGCAUCAUGCUUGGCUCAAAAUAUUAAUGUUGUUUCAUCAACAUUCAAGAAAACAUUCCCUCUAUAUUUCUCAUUGACAUUUGUGCCCUUUGUUGUCCUACAUCUUCAAAAGUUCUUGGAAUCGCCGACGGCAACUUGUUGGCGUGCUCUUGUGGGUGCAGUUCGCUCCACCACCUUUUUGUCUGCCUUUGUCACUAUAUUCCAGGCUGCUAUAUGUUUGCACCGAAAAGUUGCGAACAAAGACCACAAACUUGUGUAUUGGUUUGCUGGUUUGAUGUCGGGUCUUUCAAUUCUUUUGGAAAAGAAAGCUAGAAGGGCUGAGCUAGCCCUCUAUGUGCUUCCCCGUGCUGGAGAUUCUCUAUGGUAUAUAUUGAUCAACCGCCACCUGCUCCCAAAUAUUAAAAAUGCUGAGGUGGCUCUCUUCUGCAUGUGCAUGGGAGGAAUCAUGUAUUUUCUGGAGUACGAGCCAGACACAAUGGCUCCAUUCCUCAGAGGGCUCAUCAGGCGCUUCCUGGCAAGCAAGAUCAGCAAUCCAAGCCCCCUGCCUCCCAAUCGAAAUGCCUCCUACUCGUACCUUCAGACGCUGCAUGCUCUGGAGCAAUCAAGAACCCAGCCAGGGGUGGAUAACGGACUGACGACAUCGGAGAAAUAUAACCUUGAAUCAAUUCCUGGACUUUAG